CCGGCAACCCCUCAAUAAGCCACAUUGUUGCACGAAACUCCAGCGCAGGAGUCCCGGGCCUCCGCUAGCACCAGCGUGUCACCGAGCCGAGAAGAUCCGCGGGCGAGAGCAGCGCGCGUGUGAGCCGGAGAGGUCCUGUCGCCCUAGUGGAGCCAAGCUGCUAUUCUUCUCAAGUUGAGCCUUAGUGAUUCUGUGGCUGAAGUUAGUACCUUGACAGUGGGGCAUCCCAGCACGUCGCUAGGAGUGAUUCUUGGUCCUUCAGCAGUUGUGACUAUCAAAACCUGUUUUUAGAGACCCGAAACCCUCCAGCUGGGCGCGCCAUCGUGUGCCUUCUUUGUGUACCUCCCGGACUCACCGCUCCCGACCGGGCCUCCAAGCCCGGGUACAAAGCGGUCAGACCGCGCCGCCCUCCUCCCCCGCACGCGCUCCAGCCUCGGUUUCCCAGCUCGGCGUCGUCGGGCCGCGGCAGGAUGAUCGCCUCGCAUCUGCUCGCCUACUUCUUUACGGAGCUCAACCAUGACCAAGUGCAGAAGGUUGACCAGUAUCUCUACCACAUGCGUCUUUCUGAUGAGACCCUUCUGGAGAUUGCUAAGCGGUUCCGCAAGGAGAUGGAGAAAGGGCUUGGAGCUACCACCCACCCCACUGCUUCAGUAAAAAUGCUGCCUACCUUUGUGAGGUCUACUCCAGAUGGUACAGAACAUGGAGAAUUCCUGGCUCUGGACCUUGGAGGGACCAACUUCCGUGUGCUUUGGGUGAAAGUAACAGACAAUGGACUCCAGAAGGUUGAGAUGGAGAACCAGAUCUACGCCAUUCCCGAGGACAUCAUGCGAGGCAGUGGCACCCAGCUGUUUGACCACAUUGCUGAAUGCCUGGCCAACUUCAUGGAUAAGCUACAAAUCAAAGACAAGAAGCUCCCUUUGGGUUUUACCUUCUCAUUCCCCUGUCUCCAAACAAAACUAGAUGAGAGUUUCCUGGUCUCAUGGACCAAGGGGUUCAAGUCCAGUGGUGUGGAAGGGAAAGAUGUGGUUACUCUGAUCCGGAAAGCCAUCCAGAGGAGAGGGGACUUUGAUAUUGACAUUGUGGCAGUGGUGAAUGACACAGUUGGGACCAUGAUGACCUGUGGUUAUGAUGACCAGAACUGCGAGAUUGGUCUCAUUGUGGGCACGGGCAGCAAUGCUUGCUACAUGGAAGAGAUGCGCCACAUCGACAUGGUGGAGGGUGAUGAGGGCCGUAUGUGUAUCAACAUGGAGUGGGGAGCCUUUGGGGAUGACGGCGCGCUUGACGACAUCCGCACGGAGUUUGACCAGGAGAUCGACAUGGGCUCUCUGAACCCCGGGAAGCAACUAUUUGAGAAGAUGAUCAGUGGAAUGUACAUGGGGGAGCUGGUGAGGCUUAUCCUAGUGAAGAUGGCCAAGGAGGAGCUGCUGUUUGGGGGGAAGCUCAGCCCUGAACUCCUCGCCACAGGCCACUUUGAGACCAAAGAUGUUUCAGAUAUUGAAGGGGAGAAGGAUGGCAUCCAGAAGGCCCGCGAGAUCCUGGUGCGGCUGGGCCUGGACCCGACACAGGAGGACUGUGUGGCCACUCACCGGGUCUGCCAGAUUGUGUCCACACGGUCAGCCAGCCUGUGUGCGGCUACGCUGGCAGCCGUACUGCGGCGCAUCAAGGAGAACAAGGGCGAGGAGCGGCUGCGCUCCACCAUCGGGGUGGACGGCUCUGUCUACAAGAAGCAUCCCCAUUUCGCCAAGCGUCUUCACAAGACCGUGCGGCGCCUGGUGCCCGACUGCGACAUCCGGUUCCUCCGCUCUGAGGAUGGCAGUGGCAAGGGGGCAGCCAUGGUGACAGCAGUGGCCUACCGGCUGGUCGAUCAACAUCGAGCCCGCCAGAAGACCCUGGAGCCUCUGAAGCUGAGCCGUGAGCAGCUGCUGGAGGUCAAGAGGAGGAUGAAGGUAGAAAUGGAGCGAGGUCUGAGCAAGGAGACUCACACCAUUGCCCCCGUCAAGAUGCUGCCCACCUAUGUGUGUGCCACCCCUGAUGGCACAGAGAAAGGUGACUUCCUGGCCUUGGACCUUGGGGGUACCAAUUUCCGGGUCCUGCUGGUGCGCGUGCGGAAUGGGAAGCGACGUGGAGUGGAGAUGCACAACAAGAUCUACUCUAUCCCGCGGGAGGUCAUGCAUGGCACAGGGGAUGAGCUCUUUGACCACAUCGUCCAGUGCAUUGCCGACUUCCUUGAGUACAUGGGCAUGAAGGGCGUGUCCCUGCCUUUGGGUUUCACCUUCUCCUUCCCCUGCCAGCAGAACAGCCUGGACGAGAGCAUCCUCCUCAAGUGGACUAAAGGCUUCAAGGCAUCUGGCUGCGAGGGUGAGGACGUGGUUACACUGCUGAAGGAAGCCAUCCACCGGCGAGAGGAGUUUGACCUGGAUGUGGUUGCUGUGGUGAAUGACACAGUUGGGACUAUGAUGACCUGUGGCUAUGAAGACCCUCACUGUGAAGUUGGCCUCAUUGUUGGCACAGGCAGCAAUGCCUGCUACAUGGAGGAGAUGCGGAAUGUUGAGCUGGUGGAAGGGGAAGAGGGGCGGAUGUGUGUCAACAUGGAGUGGGGGGCCUUCGGGGACAAUGGAUGCCUAGAUGACUUCCGCACAGAAUUUGAUGCAGCUGUGGAUGAACUUUCCCUCAACGCUGGCAAACAGAGGUUCGAGAAAAUGAUCAGUGGCAUGUACUUGGGCGAAAUUGUUCGUAACAUCCUCAUCGAUUUCACCAAGCAUGGGCUGCUCUUCCGUGGCCGCAUCUCGGAGCGGCUCAAGACACGGGGAAUCUUUGAAACCAAGUUCCUGUCUCAGAUUGAGAGUGACUGCCUGGCCCUGCUGCAGGUCCGCGCCAUCCUGCACCACUUAGGGCUCGAGAGCACCUGUGAUGACAGCAUCAUUGUCAAGGAGGUGUGCACUGUGGUGGCGCGGCGGGCAGCCCAGCUCUGUGGUGCAGGCAUGGCCGCCGUGGUGGACAAAAUACGAGAGAACCGUGGGCUGGACACCCUCAAAGUGACAGUGGGCGUGGACGGGACCCUCUACAAGCUACAUCCUCACUUUGCCAAAGUCAUGCAUGAGACGGUGAAGGACUUGGCUCCAAAAUGUGAUGUGUCCUUCCUGGAGUCGGAGGAUGGCAGCGGGAAGGGGGCGGCUCUCAUCACUGCUGUGGCCUGCCGCAUCCGAGAGGCUGGACAGCGGUAGAGCCCCUGAAAUUGGAAGGACUUCCUCUGGUUUCCCUUCUUUCCUGCUUUAAAUUAUAACUUGAUCCCCUUGUGUCAGAGACAGACCCCUUGGCUUUUCCUUGGCAGAGAGGACCUUAUUGGACUGGGUUUUGUCUCUGUCUACUCACUGUAGAGUUUGGUACCCAAGGCUUAGCCCUCCUGAGAUAAAUACAAUUGGAAGUAAGGAUUUGUUCACACUUGUCACAACCAUUACCAUUGGUUCUCUUAAAACUUGAAAAAAAAAAAUUUAACCUUUAGUAAUCCCCCUGGCCAAAUUCCAUGUCUCUGUAUAAUCCUACAGGGUGGGGACACUAAUGAAAAAAUAUGGUUGCUUCACCUUGGAGCCUGAACAUGACAUUUCUAGGUGGAGAGCAUCCCCCAGCAUGGAAGUUGAUGCUAUUUCUUCUCUCAGAGAUCUGGGAGGUCUCCACUGACUUGAGCCUGAUUCUCCCAUAGACAGGGAGGGGCAGCAAUGGAGGGGAAACCCAUGGAUAACCAUGUGGCAGCCCCUCUUCAACCUCAUCUUUAAGCAUUUGCCUAGUGGGUUCCAGUGGAUGCUAUUCCUGGAAUCAAAGCAUCCUGAGUCUGAGCAAGCAAAACCAAAGCCAAGAGUCCUGUGAGUGGGCUUGUUGUCCCAUCUCCUUGUGGGUUCACAAGUCAUCCAUAAGCAGUGGACCUUUGGGGGAGGGAAGACUUUUUGGUCUGUUUAAAAAUUUUUUCCUGCAGAAGUGGAAGCACUGUAUUUUCAUUUUAAUUUAUAUUUGAAAUUUAUUUAGUUCAUGAAGUACAUCUGCUCCUUCAUUUUGACACUGUACGUAAUGAUCAGUUGUAUGUAACGUAUUUAUAUGUUAAUUUGUUAUGUCUGUAAAUACACAGGGUCUCAUUAGUAGAACAGUGUAGUUAAAAGAUGGAAGAUGAAGAUUCUGAUUGGUUACUAGAAAUACCUCAUUCAUCUGCAGGAAAAGAAGGAAAGCCUCUUUAGGGUGAGCGAAUGGCCAAGCAGCUCCUUGCCAGCUCCUCCUUUCCCUGCAGACUCAGAAACUUGGAAGGUGGCUGGGGACAGAGUGAAGGAGGCUGGGGCUAUGGAUUGAAGAAACCACACUAACUGGCUGCUCAAUCUAGGGACUUUCCUGGAGCCAUAUUACAUGAGAUGUUAACAAAGGAAACAGGAAUCAUUUCAAAUAGACUCUGCUUAGAAAUCUUCAUUCUUAGGGCAGUUAUUAAUAUUUUAAACCUCUCUAACAAGAUAAAGGAAGCCACCAAAAACAUUUAAAAAAUUGUCUAAUUGUUGAUAGCAAACCCAAACAAAACAAAGAAUCAAACAAACAAAACUUCAGGGACAACACUUUUGGUGGAUUUGUACCCUCCCAGCAAACUUCGCCUUCGGUUUGUUUUGUAAAUGUUCUACAAGAGGUGUUGUCCACAGACUUGCCUACACGGACCUGUUUUUACAAGAAGUGUUUAUUUCAAACUGCUUGGUGCGGGGUUGUGGGGGGUGGUGGUGAGGGGAGACAUAAAACCUUCCUUACCCUGCUGUUUAGAGUGCAGUUAAUUCUGAAUCUGAAAGCCCACUUCUGCCCUAAAAUGAUCACACCCCCACACGUUAAACCUGAAUACUUCAUAAUAAAGAGGGUAUGGCCUUUUAACAAUGUUGAGUAGGAUACAAGGAUCAAAACAGAAAAAUGGAAAGACACGACUCAAUAGCACCCAAUUUUUGCACGUUUAUCAAACUUGUACUGAGAACAGUGUCUAGAUUUGUGUAUCAUUAAAGGACGCCCAAGAAAUAGAAAUGAAUCUUAACUUUUAAACUUGAAAAUUAGGCACCAUCUAUGAAAUUGCACAUUUUUAAAAGGUAGAGCUGUGUGUGUGGCUAUUUAAGAUGUGUCAUUGGUUUCCAAAAAGGAAAGCUGGAAAAUGCAGUUUGAAUGUUUGUGUUCCCACAGUUAGGUGACAGUUCCUUGCUGACGCUGCUUUGCCCAUGUAAAUACGUUGACUCUCAGUCUUUGGCUGGGAUGUGCUCAAUAGCAGAUCAUCUCAAAUCCUUGAGCCCUCAGUCUAGUGAAGAUGUUGUCAUGUACAAUAAAGAACUAGUUGAAUUAACUGUGUGAUGUUAACUAUUAAUAAAUUUUAACAUUUUUCAAAA